AUGUCAUCAUCGUGUGUUGAAGGAAUUGAAUUGAAAUGUGGUCUUAAGUUAAAGAAUAGGUUUGUUAAGUCUGCUCUCGAAGAAUCACUCUGUCGAUUGGGAGGAAGUGCACCAACAGCUGGUCUGAUCGAGCUCUACAGAAAAUGGGACAAAGGGGGUUAUGGUAUGAUUAUAACUGGAAAUAUACAAGUGGAUGCACAAUAUAUUGGAUUACCAUUUGACGCCUGUAUGAGUUAUGACGAUAACGACGUAAACCAAUGGAAAUCACUGAUUGAGGGUGUCAGGGACACGCCUCUAAUCGUACAAUUGAAUCAUCCUGGUGCACAAUCACCCCGUUGGACACUCUCAAAGUCACCAUUACAGCGUAAUCUCGCACCUAGCAAUGUAAACCAUGUAUUCCCAUCGAAUAUGAUGUUCCCAGAUUCAGAAGAAAUGUCAGAGGACGAUAUACAAACAGUCAUUAAGCAGUUUGUCAUAGCUGCAAAAUAUUUACAUGAAAUGGGUAUCAAUGGCGUACAAAUACAUGGUUCACAUGGAUAUAUGAUAUCUCAAUUCUUGUCUCCGAAGACAAAUAGUCGUAAAGAUGUUUAUGGCAACGAUCGUACGAAGAUAGUAGUCGAAAUUAUCAACCAGAUUCGUCAUAUGUGUGGAAAAGACUUCUGUAUUGGUGUUAAACUCAAUUCAUCAGAUUAUCUAAAAGGCGGUAUGACUAUGGAUGAUGCACUGCAAAAUUAUAAGGAUAUAGUUACCAAAACUACGGUAGAUUUCGUUGAAAUUAGUGGAGGCAAUUAUGAUUCUUUGGUUUUCCUCGCAAGGUCUUCAGAAGUAUUUUUUGAGGAAUUUGCUAAGAGGAUACGAGAUGAAAUUGAAAUCGACGAGGAUCAUAAACCUGCUUUGAUGUUGACUGGUGGUAUACGCAAGAGGGAUACAGUUGACGGACUGAUCAAACAAAAUGUAUGCAAUUUAGUAGGAUUAGGUAGACCUGCUUGCUUAGACGUGAAAAUACCCCAGAAAAUGCUUUCUGAUGAGGAGUUUGAGUUGGAUCUUUCAUCUUAUGAAGUAGAUAAUGUACUUGGAUUCAAAACACUUGGUUUUGUCGGCGCGAGCGCUUGCUAGAGGAGAUACUAGUAAAUUUAGAGGAUUCUUAACAGAGUUGCUAUUAGAAAUCUAUAGAGUAAUACCUAAAUUUUACAUGCUAGUCAUUG